CCAUUUGACUUCAGAUCUAGCAAGAGAAAACAGUCUAAACCAAAGAGUUUAACAUCAUGAAAAGAUUCAAUAUUUUAUUUCCACUGACUGCCAUUUUUUUAGUAUUUCUCGCUCUCGCUGAUGCCUAUGAGUACACUGGAUACACAGAUACAUCAAAUGGUUACUGCGAGGACGAACGUUUUGGAAGAAUCCCUGUAGGAGAGACGUAUUAUGAUGAUGACGACUGUGAAAGAAUCAUUUGCUCUAAUGGACAUUACACUGGACAAGGGUGUGGUCAAUCACAAUUAAUGGGAAACCCCAAUUGUCGUCUGGUUCGAAGACCUGGACAUUACCCGGACUGUUGCAGAUCUGACGUUGUGUGUGAUGAAGGAGUUGAUCCGAGCAAUGUCGUCAUUACUUCUGUGGGAUAAUGCGAUGCCACUCCUUCUGUAUUCAAGGCUGAACAAGAUUUACUCCAAUUUGACAGCACUAGAUAUCACCAAAAAGAUUGUUUUCUUAUUUCUUGCGGUAAAUAAUUAUACGCUAUUUACUAUAUAUAUAUUGGAUUCUACGCAUUUUGCUGAUCAACUUCUUCAAUAAAUCACUUUUACUGAUUUCA